UUUUUUGGCUUUUCUUCCUUGCUCUCUUUUGGCUGGAUGUCUGUCUGUCUGUCUGUCUGUCUGGUUUUCUUCCCUGCAUUAAAUAAACCUGUGACUUCACAACUUCUUUAACAAACAAAGAGAGCAGUUGGAAACCUUGCAUCUCCCUGCAGUCGUUACACUUGUGCUUCAUAUAUCAUCAUCAGCAAAAUCUUGAAUCUCCAGAAGCCAUAGGAUCAUAGGACCAUCAAGAUUUCUCUGCGGGCAUAUUUAGAAUCUGAAAAAGAUGAAGAAUGCUAUUCUGCCACAAGUUUCAUCCCAGAUUUACAGUUUUGGCUGCAGUGAGGCUGCAGGUUUCUCCGAUAUCCCUUCACAGAUAGAAAGCGAAUUAAACGUCUUCAGUGGCGACGGCUUCUGUAUCGAUUCAAACUUGUAUACUAAUCAAGACAACCUUGGAGGGGUGCUGGCUUUCUGUUCUGAAUCACAAAUCAUCUAUCAGUCUGAACCUCCCUCGUCAAUGGGUGCGAAAAGACUAGGAUGCCCUCUCGGUUUUGAUCCCGCUUAUGGAAAUGUUUCUCGAGAGGGGCUGUUUCAUGGCAAGAAGACAAGAAAGCGUUCUUCGCCCGACAGUGCUGAGUCUGUAGCAGAAAGGGCUGAGGAAACCACUCCUCGGAUUCGAAGGGGAAGAAAUGUUCAGAAGUUUACUAACUGA